AUGAAGGCAGAUCGACGGGGUCCUGAUGUUUCUUGGGAGCCGGUUUCUGCUCUGGCUUGGCUAUCUGUGCGAGGAGAUUUCGGGUGCAACCAAAUCGGCGUGCCGCCAAUAAACGUGUCUUCAAUUUCUGGCUGCUCUUUGGAAGAGAUCGCCACAUCCACAAACCCCAAAAACGUCUUGGAGUCGCCGAGUUCGUCCUCAAAGUCGGAUUCAGACAUCAUGGAAAAAUUGAAAAAAAAUAAUUACAUGCAAUUAAUUCCAAAAUUCGAUCUAAUUUCUUAUUUUUACUAUUUAACAAUGUUUACGCCAACAGAAUCAAUUAUCGGGGCCGUGCUGAUCCAUUUUGCUACAACAAGCUAUCUUGUCACAGAGGGCAAAAUCAUCGGGUUCUCGAGCUGUUUGUACAGCGUGCUGAGCCUCCAAAAGACGUACAACUGGUUUCUGAUUGCCGGGCUUCUGGUGGCAGCUGGAUUCUCGAAACUGUUUCUGGGCGAGUUCUACGUGGACCAGCCAGAGUUGGGGCUCACCACGUCGAUAGUGAGCGGACUGUUGGUUGGAUUCGGAACGUCCAAAGGUUGCGGGUGCACGUCGGGCCACAUGCUUGGUGGACUAAGCAGAUUGCGCUGGAGGAGUUUCGUUGCUACGUGCGUUUUCAGCGCGUCGGCCAUAGCAACGGCCACUGUGCUACAGAGAGGACAGCCGUGCGACGGACCCUGCUACAAAACAGUAGACGCUGCGGCAGCGUCUUUCAACAAAUCGUACCCGGACUUGGUUCGUGUUCUAUUAUGCUGUGUGUCUAGUAGUGUUGUUCUCCCGGUCCUGGCUCUGAGGAUCAAAAACUCAACAGAUAAGACCCUCCUCACAGUCGUCCACGCAUUGACAUACUUCAACGCCGGGUUCGUGUUUGGACUCGGUUUAUUUGUCGCUGGAAUGGUGCAACCGUCCAAGGUGCUCGGGUUCCUGUCCAUCCUGACCCCUGAGAAGUUCGACCCUUCCUUGCUCAUGAUUCCGCUCUUCACCAUCGUCCCAAACAUCAUCAUCUGGAAACUCCUCGCCCCACAACACCCGCUCGACCAGAAAAAACCAUUCCUUUCAAAAGACUUUUCUCUCAACUUUAGCAACGAGACCCCAAAACCGUUCAUCUUCGGAAACCUCCUUUUUGGAGUCGGCUGGGGACUUGCCGGGAUCUGCCCCGGCCCAGGUAUCAUGUCCACUGUUCUGAACCCUGCAGUCGGACUGCCGUGGGUUGCAGCGUUCUUUGUUGGAUAUCGCGCUGCCAAAGCUCCUGUACUUAAAAGCUUUCCCACUGGACUGGCUGCAGAAACUGGCUCUUCUGAAGCUCCCUCAGAAUCGCUGACAACUUCCUUUUCGGACGUUGGAACAGCAGACUUUGGCUCACUCUCGGGCUCCUCAGAAGACUCAGAGUCAUCAUUCUCCGACUCCUUGGUCUCUUCGGCCUCUGCAGGCUCCUCUUCCUUCUGUUCCUCUGGCGCCUCCUCGGAUUCUUCUUCAGGCUCCUCAACAGGAGCCUCUUCCUUAACAGGCUCCUUCGACUCCUCCUCAUGCUCUCCAGAGACACUCUCGGUGUCAAUGUCUUUCUUGGUGAGUUGUAUCUGGUCCUCGUCAACCGUGGACUUCUUGCUGGCACUAACGAUCUCUGUCUCUGGCGAGGUCUCUGUAUUUUCAACCAAUGGAAUCUCAACAGAUUCUUCAUCAACUGGGUGGCCUUCAUCAGCCUUCACCUCUUUAGCUACUGGCUGGAUCUGGUUGGUCUUUUCCUUCAGAACAUCUCUGUCUUCGUCCUCCUCCUUCACCUGA